AUGCACCCAGGAUCCUGCCAUGUGCCCAAAGACGAUCGCACCAGGUCGUGGGUCACUUCUACACAACAGCACUACUUUCCUCUGUCUCCACCGCCUGACGAAGUCGCUCCGGAGCCCGUUUCAUCAAAACGGAAGCGCGUCAUGUCGCAUCGCAGCGACAGCCUAAAGCGGCAAAGAACCGAACCUGAACCUGUGGACGAACUCUUACCCGAACAGAGCGCGUCGCAACUCGGCAGCAGCACUCCAUUCCCGUUGCACGAAAAGACCACAUUCAGCCCUCCUACAAGUCGACUGUCCUCGAAACGAUCCCCAAGCCCGACCCGCGAGACGCCCAUCAUACUAAGAAGUGCAUGGCCUCCGGUGGUAGUAGAGAGUCUGAACGGUCUAAAGGUCGCGCCACCAACGCACGUCGAGCGACUCGGUGAUCUAUUAGCCGACGGUGUCGACUCUCGUUUUAUACCCAAAGGGCUGGAGCAAGUCAUCAAGAGCGAUCCCGACGUAGGCUACCAAGUCAUCAAACCGGCCGACUACGACUCUAGCGAUAUCCGCUCUGCUGAUGAGCUGACGGCUUUAUGGGAGACAGUGAAGAAUCUGUUCCUUAAUGCGCGCGAUUGCAAGGAUGGCAACCGCGAUGAGAACGCGUGGUGUGAUGAUGUGUUACAGCCUCUCAUCCAUCUCGCGAUGCGUAUAUACGGCAACGAGCAAUGGUGGUUCCAAGGCGUUCAAUCCCAGUCCAUCAAUCCUGCCUAUCUCUCCGCAAUACCCGGCCCCACCUCCAACGACGCCAACCGCCUGAAGCUCAUCGACCGUAAAACCGAUUACGCCCUCUCAUACUCUCAUCGCCACCCUACCUACUCAUCACUAUACAAACGCCUUAUUGCCGCAAACAAAGAAGAAAUUUCGCACUCGCUCGAUACUUUCACAAAGCGGACAGCUCUCUUUUCGGGGUUUGAGAUCAAGCCUGCUUAUGGAGUCCAUACCGAGGCCGAGCUGCAGAUGAGCAUAUGGAUCGCUGCAGUUCUGCGCAAGAAGCAGGAACUUGCAUACACCGCGCAGGUUCCAUUCGAGCCCGCGGCGAUUGUUGAGCCUGCGUUUACUGUUGUUGGCCAUGAGCACUACGUAUACUAUGCCUAUCCGAAAAAUGAGCUCGUGGCUGGGAGAAGUGGUGUGCAUGUGCUGGGCCCGGAUUCAGACCGCUUUGAGAAACUCGGGACGGAUUCGAUUCGUGGCAUCUUUCGGUUGGUUAGACUAUAUGGAAACUUGCUAAAGUAUGGAACUGACAAGGACGAGAACGGAUAUUGGGGUGGCUUUCUAGGCGUGGUACUUGAGAAGCUGGCUAGCGACCUUCCUUUGUAA